AUGUCGUCAAACCCUCCCUCGCUACGACGACGAGGCCAGUCCGAGCUGCUGCCGGCGUCAUACGGCCCUCUGCGACAUGGCUCAACCGCCUCUACAAACUCCUCUCUCUAUUCAAUGUCGUCCAGUUCUCAUAUGCCCAGUCGGACGAGCACCGUCUCUUCGCACACGCCCAGUGAUUUCGCUCCAGAAACGCCAGAGCGCAAGGUAGACCUUCGUGGAAGACUGGGAAGUUUUGAUGCUGCCCAACUCAGCGCUGGUGAGACUUAUGGAAGCAUCCGGCGGUCGUUGCGCCCACUGCCACAGGCGCCCAACAGCACGCCGCCGAAGGCAAGACCCUCGACGGCGUCUGCUUCUUCAUGCCAUACUCGAAGCCAGACGAUGAGCGGCUUCGUACCCCAGCCAGACUUCACAUCACCGUAUUCGAAACCAUUACAUAGCCAGCCUGAGUUCACCUCACCGUUUUCAAAACAGCUAAAUAGCCCUUCUCGCGAUCACAUAAGUCCCAUAAUUCAGGAACAGGAUGAGCCUCUUGAACCACGGACACAGAGCGUACGACGCUCUCACCACUCUCGCACACAGUCGACUCCUCAUGCGCCAUCCCUACAGGCGGCAUUUACAGCGCCAGAACUACAUACUUUCCAAAAGUCGACGACCAGCCAUCUUCGAACUCUCUCACAGAUCGCCCAAAGUGACGGGGAUGAAUUCGCUAUAGCCACGGCAACCCCAUCAGUCGUGGGUCUGCAAGGCCGUCGGCGGCUCAAACGUGCUGACUCGAUCCGUGGUGGUCCAAAAGCAAGUGCUGCUGCAAGACCGACGGGUGUGUCUGCUUGGACGGCGACCAACUGGAUGGACAAGCAACGUCGAUUCUUACAGGCCUAUGAAUACCUGUGUCAUAUCGGAGAGGCCAAAGAAUGGAUCGAGGACGUGAUACAGAAACCGAUCCCCCCCAUUGUCCAGCUUGAAGAGGCACUACGCGAUGGAGUCACUCUGGCAGAGCUCGUUCAAGCAUUAUACCCACACCGCACCCUUCGAAUAUUCCACAGCCCCAAAUUACAGUACCGCCAUUCUGAUAACAUCGCCCUCUUCUUCCGUUUUCUAGACGAAAUCGCACUUCCAGAAGUCUUUAGGUUCGAACUAAUAGACCUCUACGAAAGGAAAAACAUCCCCAAGGUUAUACACUGUAUACAUGCGCUCUCUUGGCUGCUGUUUAAGAAUGGUGUCGUUGACUUUCGAAUUGGAAACCUCGUUGGACAGCUGGAAUUCGAACAUCAUGAACUGGAGCAAACACAACGAGGCCUCGACAAGGCAGGAGUUCCAAUGCCUAGCUUCUCAGGCAUGGGCGCCAAAUUUGGAGCUGAACCCGAACCUGAACCGGAACCGGAACCGGAACCCGUCGAAACAGGGGAAGAGAGAGUUGCCAGGGAACUGCAGGAGAACGAGGCUUCCAUAGCAGAUUUACAAUCACAAGCCAGAGGAGCACUCGUUAGACUACGACUAGGCGACUUGAUGCAGGGCCUGUGGGACCAAGAACACAUGUUAAUCGACCUCCAGUCUAGAAUACGCGGAGACUGGGCCAGGCAAAUUUCUGAGUACAGAUUGGGCAUGCAAAAAUUCGCUACCAACCUACAGUCGGCCGCCCGAGGUUUCAUAGUUCGACUAAGGCAGGAAAAUGACCAAGCCUGGUGCAUAGCGGCGGAAAAGCACAUCCUACAGUUCCAAUCUCUAGUCCGAGCGAGGAAGGCCAAAUCAAAAGUUCAGCUCAUACAGACUCUGGCCCGUAGAGAAGAACAUGGUAUCAAGAGUUUCCAAGCUGCUAUACGCGGUGCUCUUGCGCGGAAACUGGAGAGUGACCGGUAUGAAGAGACAAGAGAUGCCGAGGGGGCAGUCCAAUACCUCCAGUCAAAUAUCAGAGGUAUGCUGCUACGACGGUCUGUGCAGCUCGAUAAAGGGCAUCUCGAGAAGAAAGCCGCUGCUGUCAUUGAUAUACAGUCAGCUCUUCGCGCGAAUGCUACCCGGAGCAGGAUAGAGGGCGAAAAGGCCAUGCUGGCGAGAUUUAGCCCCGAGUGGUUAGAGAUUCAAUCAAUCGUCCGCGCAAAGGCUACUCGCAGCAAGGUAGAGAGUCAAAGGGCUAUGCUAGCGAAGUUCAGCCCCGAGUGGUUGGAGAUUCAAUCAAUCGUCCGCGCAAAAGCUACCCGCAGUAAGGUAGAGAGUCAAAGGGCUAUGCUAGCGAAGUUCAGCCCGGAGUGGUUGAAUAUUCAGUCAAUUGUUCGUGCGAAUGCGUCACGUAGCAGAAUAGAUGCGGAAAAGGCCAUGCUGGCGAAGUUUAGCCCCAACUGGCUGGAUCUUCAAUCGAUUUCACGAGCCAUCGCGGUGAGGAGGAAGAUUGAGGAGACCAAAAAAGAAUUUAGCACCCACGAGUCCUCUGUUAUCGAGCUCCAAGGGUUCAUCCGGGGACAACUACUUCGUGAUAACGUUGAUGCCUGCAAGAGCGCCCUUUUCGCCAACACAAGUAGCAUAACCUCUGCUCAGAGCAGUGUGCGAGGUUUCUUACUGCGACAAGCCCAAAACAAGGAGAACGAAGCAUUGCUAAAAGAGAGCGGGACUAUCUGUCGUUUGCAAGGCCUUGCGCGAGCCGCAUUGCUACGGAUAGACGUUGGAAGCCUCUUAUCAGAGCUGGAUACUUUCACGGAUGAAAUCAUUCAGCUCCAAGCCCUCUCACGAGCAGUGCUUGUCAGAGCCGAUGUCGACAACCUUCUAGGCGAGCUAGAGGCGGAGGAGGAUGUGAUCAUGGAGCUCCAGACGCUCGCCCGAGCAAGCAUGGUCCGCCAGCGCUUUGCCGAAAAGCAACGAUUCUACCGCGAGAACAUGGAGAAAGUUAUCAAAGUCCAAAGUUUCGUGAGAGGCAAGAUACAAGGAGAGGCAUACAAGAGUCUCACCAGCGGAAAGAAUCCUCCUGUUGGAACGAUAAAGGGAUUCGUCCACUUACUGAACGAUAGCGAUUUCGACUUUGACGAAGAACUUGAAUUCGAGAGGCUACGAAAGACCGUUGUUCAACAGGUGCGACAAAAUGAGAUGGCGGAUCAGUAUAUCACCCAGUUGGAUAUCAAGAUUGCCCUUCUAGUCAAGAAUAAGAUUACCCUAGAUGAAGUUAUCAAGCACCAAAAACAUUUUGGUGGACACGUCGGUGCGGUCUUGUCGAAUGCCGAUAUUGCUUCGAAAGAUCCGUUUGAUCUUAAGGCCCUCAACAAGACAUCCCGCCGGAAACUAGAACAUUAUCAGGAGCUGUUCUUCCUUCUGCAAACCCAGCCACAGUAUCUAGCGAGGGUAUUCCGACGGCUGAGGGAACAGGCAGUGUCCGAACGUGACUGUGAUAGAAUAAAACAUCUUGUCAUGGGCUUAUUCGGUUACUCUCAGAAGAGACGCGAGGAAUAUUACUUGAUCAAGCUUAUCGUACGAUCGGUGAAGGAGGAGAUAGAUCAUUCAGCUUCUCUUCAGGAUUAUAUUCGAUGCAACGCAUUCUGGACCAAAUUGCUGGCAGCCUAUAUCAAGACACCUCGGGAUCGGAAAUUUACCAAAGAUCUCUUUGGUCCACUUGUCAAAGAGGCUAUUAUUGACAACGCCGACCUCGACCUAGAAAGCGACCCCAUGCAGAUUUAUCGCUCCGCUAUUAAUAAUGAAGAGCUGCGUACUGGUCAACGAAGCCGGCGCAGGCCAGACGUUCCACGAGAAGAGGCUAUCAGAGACCCGGAGACGAGAGAGACUUUCAUCCGCCAUCUUCAAGAUCUCCGUGACAUCGUUGACCAAGUGCUAGCCUUGCUAGAAGAGUCGUUGCAUCGUUUGCCGUUUGGAAUCCGCUUCAUUGCACAACAAAUGUAUGAGCACUUGUUGGCUAAAUAUGAAGAAGAAGACAGGGGAUAUAUCCUCCAGUUAGUAGGACAGUGGGUAUGGAAGAGUUAUCUACAGCCUGCGCUCUUAGACCCUGAGAGGUCGGGCGUUGUCGAGCGUGCCUUGACUCAGGAGCAGAAGAGAAACCUGGGAGAAAUUGGUAAAGUUAUGGGCCAAGCUGCUUCCGGAAGACUAUUUGGUGCCGAAAAUGUCUACCUCCAACCCCUGAAUACUUAUAUUGGAGAAUCGAUACAGCGACUUGGAGGAAUUUGGGGAAAUAUCAUCACUGUCCAGGAUGCGGAGGCAUACUUUGAUAUCAACGAGUACAACGACUUGUACGCCAAAACAAAACCGACGUUGUAUAUCAAGAUGUCCGAUAUCUUCUCAAUCCAUCAACUUAUUGCAGCCGAAGCGCCAUAUAUUUGCACCAGCCCCGAAGAUACUCUUCGAGAAGUCAUCCGCGACCUUGGUAGCGUGAAGAGCAAUGAAAAUGAGCUCUUGACCGUUAGCACUUCUUCCGAAAUCAGUCUCACUUUAACUCCUAAGCUGCAUAACAUGGAAGAUCCGGAUGCGGAAAUCAAGGCUCUCCUGGUUGAGACAAAACGAUGCAUUUUAUAUAUCAUUCGAGUCCAAUCCGGCGCCAAUCUGUUGGAGAUUCUAGUCACUCCACCAAGUAUUGAAGAUGAAGGACGAUGGGCAGAUCUUGUCCGCGACGAGCUGUCGACUGGUGGCCGGAAACGCGGCGCCUACUCUGAUACCAACACGCUGAUUGAUAUUGGUGCUAUGGGUUAUGCAGAGUUGAAACGGACCGCGCUCGAGAACAUCGUCAAUCUCGAGAGAGCUGGCAGAAUCAGUCGACAUAACCAAUAUCAAGACCUUCUAAAUGAAAUUGCCGUCGACAUCAGGACCAAACAUCGUCGCAGAAUUCAACGGCAGCGAGAGCUUGAGGGUGUUCGCUUAACCCUAGAUCGACUGAAUGACCAAUCCGGCUAUCUUGAAGGGCAACUAAAGACAUAUAACGACUAUAUUGAACAGGCCAUGAUUACACUACAAAACAAGAAAGGAAAGAAACGUUUCCUAAUGCCAUUCACGAAACAAUGGGACCAUGAACGAGAGCUUCAACGAUCCGGCCGUGUUUUCAAAUUUGGCUCCUACAAGUACUCUGCCCGAAACCUCGCGGACAAGGGAGUUCUUGUCCACUGGAAGGGCUACACGGAACGUCAAUGGGACCGCGUCGAUCUCACCAUCUCAAGUAACGCGGUUGGUAUUUUCACGAUUGAUGGAAGCAGCGGCAACAUGAUGGUUCCAGGAGCAAAUGCACAAAUCCCACUAGAUGACCUGCUGCAAGCCCAAUUCAAUAACACGCAGUUUAUGGAUUUGUUCGAGGACCAGCUACGCGUCAACGUCAAUCUGUUCCUGCAUUUGAUUAUGAGGAAAUUUUACAAUGAAUGA